AUGGCGUCGUCUCCGUGGUCUCUCAUCAUCACCACCGUCCUCGCCUCGUCAUUCGUUUUGCUCCUCUCGUACAUCGUCGUCAGUAGCACCAUCAACUACCGCAGACUCCGCCAGUUCAAAGGCCCGCCGUUGGCCGCCUUUUCGCGCUUCUGGCUGUUCUGGGAAGAAUGCAGCGCGAGACUGCCGAAGUCGCAACGAGCGGCGAUCCAGCGUUAUGGCUCUCCGGCUCGGAUAGCACCCAAUCUGCUCGUGACGGAUGAUCCAGACCUCGUACGGCACAUGAAUGCUCCCGGCUCCCGAUGGACGAGGUCAGGAUGGUACGAUGCCAUGAAGAUGGAUCCGAGGAAAGAUAAUGUCUUUUCCACGAGGAACGAGAAGCUCCACGCUGAGCUCAAGGCCAAGGAAGCUCCUGGGUAUAAUGGACGAGACAUCGCCACUUUGGAGAGCGACAUCGAUGCGAGGAUUGGUGACUUGAUCUACCUCAUCAAGAACACCUACAAUGGCGUAUCCAUGGAAUUUGCGAAUGUGUCUCGAUUCUUCACCCUGGAUGUCCUCAGCACGGUGGCUUUCGGUCGCCCCUUCGGAUUCAUGGCCGCGAACGAAGACCUCUGGGGAUACAACAAGCUAAACGCCUCCUUCAUGUUCCUCCUCGGCCUGCAAGCAAACCACACCUCCAUCUACAAGUUCUUCACGCAGCCCUGGCUCCUGGCCCUCGCAGCACCCAAGCCAACGGAUAAAGCAGGAAUCGGUCCAGCACUAGCAUUCGCCCAGAAAGCCGUCGGUGAGCGCUACGGUCCAGAUGCCAAAGUCAAGAAAGACAUGCUCGGCUCCUUCGUCUCCAAAGGCCUCGAUCAGCAACAAUGCGAAGUCGAAGCCUUCCUUCAAAUCAUCGCAGGCUCAGACUCCACCACAGGCGUCUUGCGGGCGAUCUUCUUUCUCCUCGCGGGUAGUCCGCCCGUGUACGCCAAACUCCAAGCUGAAGUCGACAGCGCAGCAAAGACACAGCCCCAGGGGAGAGUCAUCGCGUACAAAGAAGCUUUGAAACUCCCCCACCUCCAAGCCGUAAUCUACGAAUCCCUCCGCCUGUACCCACCCCUCUUCGGCCUGAAAUCCAAAUGUGCCCCUCCCGAAGGCGAAACCAUCAACGGGACCUUCUACCCUCCCGGAACAGAAGUCUGCAUCUGCGAUGAUGCGGUAUGCAGACGGAAAGACAUCUUCGGCGAGGACAGCGAGGUCUUCCGGCCGGAGAGGUUCCUCGAGGGGGAUGAUGAGGCGGUGAGGAAGGAGAGGAUCCGGACGGUCGAGGUCGUGUUUGGGACGGGGAGGUUUCAGUGUUUGGGGAAGCAUAUUGCGUGGAUGGAGUUGAGUAAGGGUGUUUUUGAGUUGAUGAAGACCUUCGACUUCCAAAUGACGGAUCCGAUGAGAGGCAUUGACACGUAUGCGCAUAAUGUGCACAUCAUGUCGAAUUUGCUGCUUGUCAUGAGACCACGAGAUAGCACAACACAGGGGCAAUGA